AUGUCGGGGGAGGACUGCGACUAUUUGUUCAAGGCGGUGCUGGUGGGGGACGCCGCCGUGGGGAAGUCAAACCUGCUGUGGAGGAUCGCCGGCGGCGAGUUCCGGUUGGACUCGAAGCCCACGAUCGGGGUGGAGUUUGCCUACCGGGACGUGAAGGUCGGCGGCAGUCUCGUCAAGGCCCAGCUCUGGGACACCGCCGGCCAGGAGCGGUCAGUCUUCUUCUUCUUCCUCCCCCCCCCCCCCCCCUUCCCCCCUCCUCUGUUCCCGCUCCCCCCGGCCAUGGAAACAGGAGAUCACACCAUGCACGAAACCCUAAUCUCUCCUCCCCGACUUCCCUUCAGGGUGUAGACCCUGAAUUUCACUUUCUUUACCUAGACAGGUCGAAUCCUGAAGAUUUUUGUUCUUCUCGGGGAUUUGGGUAGAACAGGCGAUGAACGAACUUGUUCAUCGAUCGUCCCCGGAAUUAUUCCAAGUGGGUCGGCCAGCUAAAUCCAUGUAUCCUCAUCUUUCUUCAAUGGGUGGGCAACCCAAAGAGGCCCAUUAUUUUCGGGUCAAUAAUCUACACGCCCUUCGGAGAAUAUUGAAAUUUUUGGUGAAUUAAAUUCCCUGGAGAGCGAGUUUUCAGACAUGAAUACAUCUGAUGAGGUGUGGGAUCUACACAAGACUAUGAGAUCGUCAGAGUGACAUCUUACUAUAGAUAUUAUUGCCCAGCUCUUGUAGUUGCAACUUUGGUCAGCUAUCUUAACAAACACAAAAUAUAAUAAUCAGCAUAUUUAUUGUGAUAAAUUAAUUUGUGUAUAACUGCAUGAGCUCAAAUCAAACAGCCCAAACUUUAGUGUAUAUCUUUCUUGACGUGCUAAUAUUAAGUGGCUAGUGUACCUAUACUAGUAUAUUUAAAAUAAGUUUAAAUAGCUUCAACUCUGGUUUUAUGCUAGGACAAACGCAAAAUAUAACAAUUAGUGUAAUUAAAUUAUAUAUUUUAAAAAUGCAAUCAUAUAAUUAUCAUACUUGUGAUAAUAGACUAACGUGGAUAUUAUUGUUUUCUUGAGGGUUUUUUUGGAGAGAGAGAGAGAGAGAGAGAGAUGAGGACGAAGCCGGCCAGGUUACUUCUUUUUGGCCUAGUUUUGAGCCAGGAACAGGUUUCUGCCCCAUUAUAACGCUGUUGAGAGAUGUUCAUGGAGAAAUUUGAAAAUGAUCCUCCACAAGAUAUAGAAUUUUCAAUUGACCACAAGGUUGGGGAAAUUAUUGCGUGGUGUGACUAACAGUGAGCCGAUGAUGAUACGCAGGUUCAGGGCCAUAACGAGCUCCUACUACCGGGGGGCGCUGGGGGCGCUGCUGGUCUACGACAUCACCCGGCAGGCGACCUUCGACAGCGCCACCAAGUGGCUGCGGGAGAUGAGGCAGUUCGGCAGCGGCGAGAUGGUCAUCAUCCUCGUUGGCAACAAGUCCGAUCUUCAGCACGCGAGGGAGGUACCGGCGGAGGACGGCCGCCGGCUCGCGGAGCAGGAGGGCCUCUGCUUCAUGGAGACCUCCGCCCUCACCAACAGCAACGUCGAGGACGCCUUCAUGGCGAUGGUCACCCGCAUUCUCGAGGCCACCGUUGCACAGCGGGCUCUUGACUCUGGACCCGGCGGGGGCGCCGCCCCCCAGCCGGACCCCGGCCGGGUGCUGCUCGUCACCGACGAGGUCUCCGCUACCAGAAAACCGACCUGCUGCUCCGGUUGA